GGAGCUGAUGUUGCUAUGAUGCAAUGGCGACUGCGCCGUGGGAAGCGAGCGAGGAGUUGAAUGAGUUCCCUCCACAGUUGAAGAGAGGCAGCCGCCGACAGUCAGGACCCCGCCAGAGCCGAGGGACGGACCGCAGGCACGGAGACACCAGCACGGCCCCGUCCGAGCCCACUUCAUGGAAGCACGGAGCCAGGUGUGUCUGCUAGCCUCCCAGCUAGCCGUGUCAUGACGCUUGGAGGCAUUUCUCGCACAUCUGGACGACGUUGCAGCGACACCGGAGAAGCACCAACACCCUGUUCGCGCUGAGCCGACACCAAGUCAGGAGGAGGGGGUUGUUGUUUUUUUAAUAGUUCUUUCGCCUUUUCUCCUGCAUUGCCCUCCUCACUGGAGAACCCGGUGGAGCCGUUCGACCUUCGUACUGGACCACCAUGGCUGAGAGAACCUCAACCGGGUUGCUUACGAUGAUGUUGGAGCCCACGCCGGCUGUCGCUAUGACCCUGCCGGCGGAGGUCCGGGAGAAGCUGGCGGAGCUGGAGCUGGAGCUGUCUGAAGGGGACAUCACUCAGAAGGGCUAUGAGAAGAAAAGAGGCAAGCUGUUGGCACCGUACAUCCCACAGAUUCAAGGUGUAGAUCCAUCUCUGCAAAUUGACAACCGGAUCCAGGCCUCAUCCCAAGCUAUACUUCCUGGUUCCAAACACAACAAGUCUCGGGCUGCCAACACCCGGGAUGAACGCUUCAGAUCUGAUCUGCACACAGAAGCUGUCCAAGCAGCUUUGGCAAAGUACAAAGAGAGGAAGAUGCCCAUGCCCUCCAAGAGACGAUCUGUGCUAGUUCAGUCUUCUGUCGAGGCAUGCACCCCGCCAGACACCUCCUCAGCGUCAGAAGACGAGGGCUCACUGCGCCGGCAGGGACGUCUGGCCACCUCCACGCCCUACCAGGGCCACGGCCACCCAGCCGUUGAGCACUGGUUUAACCGUGUCAUCCAGGGUUCGUCCACCUCAUCCUCCGCGUCAUCCACCUCAUCCCACCCGGGAGGGAGAUCCGUCACCACCACCAACACCUCUGCCCACGCAGCCCUCAACGCCAACGCCGCAGCUACAGCAUUGGCCGACCUAAUGGCACACACCCAGCUAGAUAACCACUCGGCGCCCCCUGAUGUGACGGGGCUGUCGGAGCGCUCCUCGUUUCACGGGGAGCGGCCCCAGGUGGCCUCGGUGCGAGGCGUUUCCCGCAGCUACAACCACCACACCAGCGUCAUGGAGACCGCAGAUGGUGUUCCAGUCAACAGUCGCGUCUCCAACAAAAUCCAGCAGCUGCUCAACACACUGAAGAGACCAAAGCGUCCGCCAUUGCGCGAAUUCUUUGUUGACGACUUUGAGGAGCUUUUGGAUGUCCAGCAGCCAGAUCCCAACCAGCCAAAGCCAGAAGGCCAGCAGAUGACCCUGGAAGGAGAGCCUCUCGGAGUGGUCACCAACUGGCCUCCCUCCUUGCCAGCAGCCUUACAAAGGUGGGGCACCACUCAGCCCAAGAGCCCCUGUCUGACAGCACUCGACAAUGCUGGCAAGCCGGUCUACACACUCACCUAUGGUAAAUUAUGGACCCGCAGUCAGAAACUGGCCUACACUCUUCUUAACAAGCUGAGCACCAGAAAUGAGCCUUUGCUAAUGCCUGGAGACAGAGUUGCGCUUGUUUUCCCCAACAGUGAUCCAGUCAUGUUCAUGGUGGCCUUCUACGGCUGCCUCCUGGCAGAGCUCGUACCUGUGCCUAUUGAAGUGCCGCUGACCAGGAAGGAUGCAGGAAGUCAACAGAUUGGCUUUCUGUUGGGCAGCUGUGGUGUCACGCUGGCGCUGACCACUGACGCUUGUCAAAAAGGCCUGCCAAAAGCACAAACUGGGGAGGUAGCCACUUUCAAAGGCUGGCCGCGGUUGCUGUGGUUUGUGACAGAUGGAAAACAUGUUGUGAAGCCUCCAAAAGACUGGCAUCCUCCAGUACGGGAAGCCAGUAAUGACAUAGCCUAUAUAGAAUAUAAAACCAGCAAAGAGGGAAGCACCAUGGGAAUCGCAGUGUCCCAUUCAGCCAUGCUUGCUCACUGUCAUGCCCUCACACAGGCCUGCGGCUACACUGAAGCUGAGACAAUAACCAACGUGCUGGACUUCAAGAGAGAAGCAGGAUUAUGGCAUGGUGUUCUCACGAGUGUCAUGAAUCGGAUGCACGUGAUCAGCAUUCCCUACUCUCUGAUGAAAGUCAACCCCCUGUCAUGGAUACAGAAAGUUCACACAUACAAAGCGCGGGUAGCAGUGGUGAAGUCGAGGGACAUGCAUUGGUCUCUGCUGGCCCAGAGAGACCAGAGAGACAUCAGCCUCAGCUCACUGCGCAUGCUGAUCGUAGCUGACGGAGCUAACCCAUGGUCAAUAUCUUCCUGUGAUGCCUUCCUCAACGUGUUUCAGGCACGUGGGCUGCGACCUGAGGUGAUCUGUCCAUGUGCCAGCUCCUCAGAAGCCAUGACUGUCGCCAUCCGCAGGCCUCCAGAAAUGGGUGUUCCUCCUCCAGGGAAGGCGGUGCUGUCUAUGGGUGGGCUGAGUCACAGUGUGAUCCGUGUGGACACAGAGGAGAAACUCUCUGUCCUUACAGUGCAGGAUGUGGGGCAGGUCAUGCCUGCAGCUCUGGUCUGUGUGGUGCGAGUGGAGGGGACACCUUAUCUCUGUCAGACAGACGAGGUUGGGGAGAUCUGUGUGAGCUCAGGUAGCACCGGUGUAGCUUACUACGGUCUCCCAGGCAUGACAAAGAAUAUCUUUGAGACCAUCCCAGUAACAUCGUCUGGGGUCCCUGUCAGUGACAGACCUUUCACCAGAACCUCACUGCUGGGCUUUGUUGGACCAGACAGUCUUGUGUUUAUCGUGGGGAAGAUGGACGGACUGAUGGUGGUCAGUGGGCGUAGACAUAAUGCUGAUGACGUGGUGGCCACGGCGUUGGCUGUAGAGCCCAUGAAGUUUGUGUACAGGGGAAGGAUAGCCGUGUUUUCUGUGUCUGUGCUCCACGAUGAGAGGAUCGUUGUAGUAGCAGAGCAGAGGCCUGACGCUUCCGAAGAAGACAGCUUCCAAUGGAUGAGCCGUGUCCUUCAGGCCAUAGACAGCAUCCACCAGGUUGGGGUGUACUGCCUGGCUCUGGUCCCUGCCAACACGCUCCCUAAGGCUCCCCUGGGCGGCAUUCAUAUAUCUGAGACAAAACAGCGCUUCCUGGAGGGCGCCUUGCACCCCUGCAAUGUCCUCAUGUGCCCUCACACUUGUGUCACCAAUCUGCCCAAGCCAAGACAGAAACAGCCAGAGGUCGGUCCUGCUUCUAUGAUAGUGGGAAACUUGGUGGCAGGCAAGAGGAUAGCACAAGCCUGCGGGAGAGACGUGGCGCAACUAGAGGACAAUGACCAGGCACGUAAGUUCCUUUACAUACAGGAUGUGCUGCAAUGGAGAGCUCAGGCCACUCCAGACCAUCCUCUGUUCCUUGUUCUCAAUGCUAAGGGCACAGUGGCCAGCACAGCUUCCUGUCUGCAGCUGCACAAGCGAGCUGAGCGGGUGGCUGCUGCGUUAAUGGGACGACUAAACACUGGAGAUCAUGUAGCACUCGUCUACCCGCCAGGAAUUGACCUGAUUGCUACUUUCUACGGCUGUCUGUAUGCCGGCUGUGUGCCAGUCACUGUUCGACCGCCGCAUCCACAGAACCUGGCCACCACCCUGCCUACUGUCAAAAUGAUCGUUGAGGUGAGUAAGUCGGUGUGUAUCCUGACAACCCAAGCAAUAAUGAAGCUGCUGAAAUCCAAAGAGGCUGCUGCUGCUGUGGACAUCAAGAGCUGGCCCACAGUGCUGGACACAGAUGAUCUCCCCAGGAAGAAAAGCCCUCAGAUGUACAAGCCCCCAACCCCAGAGAUGUUAGCUUACCUGGACUUCAGUGUGUCCACAACAGGCAUCCUAGCAGGGGUCAAAAUGUCUCAUGCCGCCACCAGUGCCUUGUGUCGCUCCAUUAAACUACAAUGUGAGCUCUACCCUUCCCGGCAGAUCGCCAUCUGUCUAGAUCCCUACUGCGGCCUGGGCUUUGCUCUUUGGUGCCUGUGCAGUGUGUACUCCGGCCACCAGUCGAUCCUGGUUCCCCCUCUGGAGUUGGAGAGCAAUGCGUCUCUCUGGCUCGCUGCAGUCAGCCAGUACAAAGUUCGGGUCACCUUCUGCUCAUAUUCAGUGAUGGAGAUGUGCACCAAGGGCCUGGGUUCACAGACGGAAGCACUACGGUUGCGAAAUGUGAACCUGUCUUGUGUGCGUACAUGCAUGGUGGUCGCAGAGGAAAGACCUCGCAUCGCCCUCACUCAGUCCUUCUCAAAGAUCUUCAAAGAUUUGGGGCUUUCGCCGCGCGCCGUGAGCACCACCUUCGGCUGCAGGGUGAAUGUGGCGAUCUGUUUGCAGCCCAACAGGUUAGGGAAACUGGUUGAGCAGGGUACAGCUGGACCGGACCCCACCACCGUUUAUGUAGACAUGAGAGCUCUACGGCAUGAUAGGGUCCGACUAGUUGAGAGAGGGUCACCACACAGCUUGCCGCUGAUGGAGUCUGGGAAGAUCCUUCCUGGGGUGAAAGUGAUCAUUGCCAACACAGAGACUAAAGGACCUUUGGGAGACUCCCAUCUAGGAGAGAUUUGGGUGAGCAGUCCUCACAACGCCACAGGCUACUACACAGUUUAUGGGGAGGAGGCGCUGCAUGCUGACCAUUUUAACACCAAGCUGAGCUUCGGGGACACCCAGACUGUCUGGGCGAGGACCGGCUACCUGGGCUUCCUGCGGCGCACUGAGCUGACUGAUGCCAGUGGAGAGCGGCAUGACGCCCUCUACGUGGUGGGUUCUCUGGAUGAGACUCUGGAGCUGAGGGGAAUGAGGUAUCACCCAAUUGACAUCGAGACCUCCGUUAUCCGUUCUCACAAGAGCAUAGCAGAAUGCGCGGUGUUCACGUGGACCAACCUCCUCGUGGUGGUUGUGGAGCUGGAGGGAUCCGAGCAGGAGGCCCUGGACCUGGUGGCCCUGGUCACCAACGUUGUCCUGGAGGAGCACUACCUCAUCGUAGGGGUGGUGGUGGUGGUAGACCCCGGCGUCAUCCCCAUCAACUCCCGAGGGGAGAAGCAACGCAUGCACCUCAGAGACGGAUUCCUGGCCGACCAGCUGGACCCCAUAUAUGUGGCUUACAACAUGUGAGCCCUCCCUCCCCUCACCCCCCAUGUGGCUUAAUCACUCCGCAGGAGACAGCAUGACAGUAAACGACAGUGUCAGUAUGGCUUCUGUUGAAAGAAAGCGAGCAGCCCUUUUCUGUUAGCUCACGGAGGAGAAAUAUGAAAGAAACACAGAUGCGAAAUUCCAACAAGACUGAUCCAAGCCUCAUGUCUGUUUCUCUUGUGAUUUCUUGCCUCAGCAAAUAACAUUUUAAAGGGCAUUCUUGUUUUAAUGAAAUGAGUUUUGUAUGUAUGACAGAACUUGUGACUCCUUAAACCCAGCUCACCUGAGCGCAGUACAGCAGGUGGUUAUGGUAUGAUACUACAGCGUGCCAUUAACAUAAUUUAUUUUGUCAAUCUCAAAAAUGAUGAAUGUUAGCUGUUUGUCCUACAUUUGUGCCAUAGAAACAGAACCGAUGACCCGAACUUUGAUUCAAACAAGCUCUAGUAUGUUUUGUGUGCACAGAGCCUCCUGGGGUAUUACAGGUCCUAUGCUUUUCAUAGAAAAAAAAUCUAUCUUACAAGCAGGUCCUCACAUUAUAGCUGCACCUUAAAGCUUGAUUUUUUUUUUUGAGUUCCAGGUCAGUUCAGAUCCUGUUAUUCCAUUAACACAGAAGCACACAGUAGUGGUGUUUGAGAAGAGGCAGUUUGUGUUGUUUUUCUGCUCAUUCCAGCACUUGUGCUUUAGUUUUUAGCGUCGGUAGCUUCAAGAUGAUGUUGUGGUGACUCAAUCGCAUAUUUUUCUAAAUCUAAAAUGUGUUCUAUAGCUAUUGUUUAGUCUGAUCAGAAUGCAAUAUGAGUGUUGUGAAAGAUUGUUGCUUUGAACGACUGCGUACUGUAAGUGCCGAUGAGUGGAAGUCAUGAGACGGUGGAAGAAUAUAAUCAUUGCUUCUUGGUAGCAACGUGCUAAAUGAUAGAAAUGAAGCCUUAAGUGUUUUUUCAGACGCCUGUUCCUAUCCCAGCUCUGGUCUAACUUGAUUUUGUGAAGUUUAUCAGCUUUUGGAUAAGGAGAGAAUAUGCAGAUGGAGGUUAGGAAUGGUAAAUCCUGCUCUCAUUGCACCCAAAGUUAUUCAUCUUUUUUUUUGGCUAAUAUAAUUAUACUUGAUCCUAACAUCUGCCAUUACAAACACUCACUCAUGAAUAUUUUAAUGUCUGUUCCUGUUGUGAAAUUGUGCUGAAUGUGUGUUUCUUUAAAGCAAAAGACUGGAAGAAAUUGGAGUAGGUAUGUUCUUUGGUGCAGAAUGUCACAGCCUCAUUCUGAGUGCCAUAAAGGUCUAAUGAGUUGAAAAAUGUCUAGUUGCAUGUACCGUAAUGGGCAAGAGUCGAACAGCUUGUUACACCUUAACCUCCACCUUAUCACAUUGACUUUGUAAAGAUCAUCCUCUGUUCGUUGCUUCUUUUUUUCUAUGUGCACAUCCCUUCAGAAACAGGCUGCGGCCUGCUGUAAGUAUGUACAGCUUUUGUGUAAAUUAUUAAUAGACGGAGGAGACGACAGGAAGCGUAACACAAAGACUAAAUCUGGUAUAUAUGUGAACUGCUCCCUCACAAAUGAAAAAAUAUUUGAAAUGGAUUCUUGUGUGUAAACACUGAGAGGAGACAUGGCAAGCCUUGUAAACAUUUUUAUAGUGUGAAAGAACAGUGGGAACACUUCCAGGAUGAGAUGAAGCACACUCCGAGCACAAGGAGACGACGGUUCUGCUCUGCGACUGCUGAGAAGUCACAUCCUACAGAGCAAACUUUUGUUGUUAACGUAUGGAAAGAUACAUUUGUCUGAUAUAUGGUUAGUUGUCAUUAUUUUCAUAACAUGAUUUCGUAAUGAAUAAAAAAGUGAUUUUAACCUGAAA